AUGUUUGACAUAACAAAUGCAAACGUUGGUGAAACAAGAAGAAGAGACGACACACUGAAACAACAGAGAAGAGAGAUGUUUAAGAGCGCUAUAGAACAAGUUCGCAAAGCUAACGAUGUCAUUCGUUCCAUUGACGACAAACCAAAAGAAGGUGAGAGAUGGUUAAAGAAAGAUGAAGAGAAUAGGAAGAGAAAUGUGAAGUCAGGCAAUAGACUCAUUGACUUUAACAUCGAAGCUUUAGAUGAACCAAACAGAGACUACUUACACAAACAUUUCGGUAAGGUUUUCAUGAGACUCUUAGAGAAAAUUAAAAUAAACUCACAACAGAGAUGGAUGGUAUGUUAUAAACUUGGUGGAAAGUAUGAAUGUUCUACGUUAAACCUCAAUAAUAUUGGAACAUUACUACAUCAGCUCUUGAAGGAGAACUUUAUAUCAGAGAUAGAAGCAAAUGCUGCAGGUAUUGUUGAAAUGCACUAUGACUUCUUCUUGACAAACAUAAAGAAUCUUACCGAAAUAAAGAUGUAUGAUUUAACAGAAUAUGAAGGCUUAACGAUGUCAGAUGUAAAGAAAGGCAAACCAAAAAAGAGACCAUAUAGAGAUGAAAGCACACUGACAAAUGACCAGAAAGCCAUUUUGGAAGCUCUUAAGCAAACAGGAAACCCAGCACUUAUAGAAAGCUUUUGGAAAGAUAAUGGUGAAAAGAAGUUUUAUAAGAAGAGAAGCGGUCAGUUCUGGAA